AUGCGCUCGCCUCUCUACAGCGCAGCCUCUCUUCUGGUUGGGUAUAUUCUAUACCUUCCCAGUAGCGCUGACGGUCUUGCCCGAAGAAAUGACACGGCACAGGCAGUAUACAAGGACGCUGCUGCUCCCCUCGAGGACAGGGUCUCUGAUCUUCUUUCGCGGAUGACGAUUGAAGAGAAGACUGCUCAACUCAUUCAAGGCGAUAUCUCAAACUGGAUCAACACUACCACCAAUGCCGUCAACCAGACAGGUCUCGAGUGGAACUUUAGGGUCCGCGCAGGUCAGUUUUAUGUCGGCUAUCCCAUGCCGGCAGAAUGGAUCAGCAAUGGCAUCAAGAUCGGCCAGGAAUACCUCAAACAAAACACAACCCUAGGCAUACCGGCGCUGGUUCAGACUGAGGCUAUACACGGCUUACUGGUGGGAAAUGCGACUAUCUACAACAGCCCUAUUGGUCAAGCUUGCUCGUUUGACCCGGAAUUAAUCCACGAAAUGGCUGUGGCUAUCGCAAAGGAGUCGCUAGCUUUGGGUAUCAACCAGUUGUUCGCACCACUCGCCGAUUUGGCACGAGAGUUGCGUUUUGGAAGAGUAGAAGAAACAUAUGGCGAGGACCCCUUUCUGGCCGGAGAGAUGGCUUACGAGUAUGUCAAAGGCGUGCAAAGCCUCAACGUAAGCGCUACUGUGAAGCACUUCGCAGGCUUCAGCGCUCCUGAACAAGGUCUAAACACCGGGCCAGUCCAUGGAGGUGAACGAGAACUUCGAACCACAUGGCUUCCACCUUUCCACCGUGCCAUUAUUGACGCUGACGCUUGGAAUAUCAUGGGAGCAUACCAUUCGUACGAUGGUAUACCUUCAAUUGCCGAUGGCCAUCUUCAAGAGACAAUCUUGCGCGACGAAUGGGGCUACAAGUACUGGCUGACUUCAGACGCCGGAGCUACGGAUCGCCUUUGCUGUGCCUUCAAACUCUGUCAAUGCAAGACUAAAGAUAAGCCAAUUGACAGCGAAGCUGUGACUCUCAUGGCUCUUCCGAACGGCAAUGACGUGGAGAUGGGUGGUGGAUCCUACAAUUACGCAAACAUCCCUCGCCUGGUGGAAGAGGGAAAGCUGGAUAUCGAAAUUGUCAACAGGGCAGUUAGUCGUCAACUGCGCGCCAAGUUCCGGCAAGGACUCUUCGAACAUCCAUACCAAGGUCUCCCUCUGGAUGAGAUAGACUCUGCCAUUCACACUGACGAGCAUGUUGCACUUGCACGGAAAUUAGAGGCCGACUCAAUUGUCCUGCUAGAGAACAAGAACAACGUACUGCCACUUUCUAAGUCUGCCAAUGUCGCUGUGAUCGGUCCCAUGGCCAACAUUACAAACCUUGGCGACUACGUCGUAUACCGUUCCCAGUACAACCCCACAAACGUCACGCCUCUGCAAGGAAUCCAAAAGGCAUCAAAUGGCACCGUAACCUUUGCCCAAGGCUGCGAGCGCUGGUCAAACGACCGAUCCGGAUUUCCCGACGCAGUUGCAGCAGCCAAGGCAGCUGAUGUCGCAGUCGUCGUCGUCGGCACUUGGUCGCGCGACCAGCAAGAACUCUGGCAAGGUCUCAACGCCACAACCGGCGAGCACGUCGAUGUCGCAUCGCUCAAUCUCGUCGGCGCUAUGGGUCCUCUCGUCCAAGCAAUCAUCGAAACCGGAAAACCCACAAUCGUCGUGUACUCUUCUGGAAAACCCGUCACAGAGCCUUGGAUCUCGGAUAACGCGGCGGGGCUCUUGCAAAUGUUUUAUCCUGGUGAGCAGGGUGGAAAUGGUCUAGCUGAUGUGCUGUUUGGUGACGUUACACCUUCGGGCAAGCUAUCCGUUUCAUUUCCAUAUGAUGUUGGAACUCUGCCGAUCUUCUACGACUACCUGAACUCUGGUCGAUCGACUGAUCCCGGUGCGAUACUACCGAACGGGACGCUCAAGUUUGGCCACCAGUACGUCCUCAAUACCCCGCAGCCGCUUUACGAAUUCGGAUACGGUCUCUCGUAUGCGAACUUUACAUACUCCGAUGUCAAGCUUUCCAAGACAGAAGUGAGCCCGAGCGAUACCGUGACUGUGACUGUCAGCGUCACGAACUCUUCACCCAUCGAUGGUAAAGAGGUUGUGCAAGUUUACGUUCAGGACUUGUUCGCUAGUGUUGUUGUGCCGAACAAGGAACUCAAGGGGUUCAAGAAAGUGCUGGUCAAGGCGGGGGAGACAGUGGAUGUUUCUAUUGAUUUGGAGGUGUCGAAGUGGGGGCUUUGGGAUAGGAAGAUGAAGUAUGUGGUUGAGAAGGGGGAUUUCAUCGUCCAUGUGGGGUCUAGUUCGUUGGAUUUGAGGGGGAAUGGGACAGUGACUGUUGUUUGA